CUUGCUUCCGAGAAAUGGGCGCGAAUCUUUUUUCGACCCGUUUCGGAAGGACAGAAACCACGGCACAAAACGGACUGACACGAGCCGCAGUCUAAAUUAGUUUUUGUUGUUUACCAGAAAGAAUCGAAGCGACAAUGGGUAUCAAAGGUCUAGCGAAGCUUCUCUCUGAUGAAGCGCCCGAUUGCAUUCGAGAAGUGGAAUUGAAAUCUCUCCAUGGCCGCAAAAUUGCCAUUGAUGCGUCCAUGUCCAUUUACCAAUUCAUGAUUGCGGUUCGGACGGGCUCGCAGUCGAAUCCAUCGGCCAUGUUGACCAAUGACGAUGGCGAGCCGACGUCGCAUAUACAGGGAAUGUUCAAUCGGACCAUUCGCUACAUGACGGAAGGCCUUCGUCCCGUGUUUGUCUUUGAUGGCAAACCUCCUUCCUUCAAAAGCGGCGAACUAUUGAAGCGUCGGGAAAAGCGCGAAAAAGCCGAGGCGGCGUUAAAGACGGCCGAAGAAGAAGGCGACGUGGAAGAACAGGGCAAACAAUCCAAACGAUUGGUACGAGCCGGACAAAAGGAAAAUGAGGAUUGCAUGCGAUUGUUGGAAUUAAUGGGAGUCCCCAUUGUCAAGGCGCCCUGUGAAGCCGAAGCACAGGCGGCCGCAUUGGCCAAAGCCGGUUUGGUCUAUGCCACGGGUACCGAAGAUAUGGAUGCCCUGACGUUUGCCACUCCCGUGUUGUUGCGCAAAAUGACAUUUGCCAAUGCCUCCAAAUCGACAAUUCAACAAAUGGACUACAAAGCCGCCAUUGACGGGCUCGAAUUGACGCAUGAGCAAUUUGUGGAUCUGUGUAUCAUGCUGGGAUGCGAUUACUGCGAUAGCAUCAAGGGAGUGGGCCCCAAGACCGCGUUGAAAUUGAUUCGAGAACAUGGAAAUAUCGAGACCAUUCUCAAAAAGAUUGAUCGCAAAAAAUUCACCGUGCCGGAUGCCUGGGUCCCGGAGGAAAAAGCGCAACAAAACAAGGACGAUAAUUCGGAGGACGAAGAAGGCGACAACAAACAGGAGGAGGACAACAAAAGCGACAAUGAAGAAAAUUUGAUCCCGGCAUAUGUGCAAGCUCGCAAGCUGUUUAUGAAUCAUGAAGUCUUGGACAAGGGCAGCGUCGAGCUCAAGUGGAAACCCUGCCAACCCGAGGCACUGACCAAAUUCCUUGUGGAACAAAUGGGCUUUAGCCCGGAUCGCGUUUCGUCCAACAUUGAGAAAUUGCAAAAUGCCUACAAGGAACACUCCAAACCACAGCUCCGUAUGACCAACUUUUUCACCGUCAAACCGCAGGAUCCGGAAAAGGUGGCGGCCAAACGCAAGGCUCUCAAGGAGAAAAACAAGGCCAAUGCCAAAAAGGCCAAGGCGGGCAAGAAGAAGCGCUAAAUUAUUGGCUGCAAAAGAAACGGACACGACGCGAAACAAUCAUCAUCACCAGGAUAGAUAUAAAAAUGUCAUUUGCAUCAAACAUUAUAAUGGCCACGUUUUGAGGGGACACACGCCCACUUCUAGUGGUACGCCUAGAGAUCGCUUUGGAUCACAUGGCAAUGCGCAUGUUGGCGGUUCGGUGGAACUCCGGUUGUACAGGAACCGAACAUGGCUUUGAACACAGCCCUCAAAUCUUCCCAAAGGACUGCGUCAUGGUGAACCGUAGGUACCAUCUGAGGCGCUACUCGUUCCGUUUCCGUUUGCUUGCUUCUACCGGUACCAGUAGCUAGAUGUGGGUAUUGGGCCUACACACUCUUCGUGAAUCACAACGGACAUAGUUAAA